GAGUCGCCGCGUCAGUAUGUUGUGCGCUUUAUUGUAGUGAAUUUAUAUUUUAACCAUGUUUUUGGUAUUUAUAUUAGCAAUUGUAGGCGCACUGGCCGUCGCAUGCAUUUUAAUAGAUUCAUUAAAAAGUGUAGUAGAAUUAUUAAUAUCGUAUUUAACACCGUACUUUAUUCCUGCUGAAGACUUUCCAUUAUGGAAGAAAUAUGGACAUUGGGCUGUGAUAACUGGGAGUACGGAUGGCAUCGGCAAGCACUAUGCUCUGGAGUUGGCGCAGAGGGGAGUAAACAUUGUCCUCAUCAGCAGAAAUCCAGACAAGUUGAGGAGUGUCGCUGGAGAGAUUGAAAAGCUUGGAGUAAAGACGAAAACAAUCGUCGCAGACUUCAGCAAGGGGGAAGAAGUAUACCAGCAUAUAGAAGAAGAAUUGAAAGACAUACCUGUCGGUAUAUUAGUGAACAACGUAGGCUUACAAUACGACUACCCCAUGCCUAUAUGCGAGAUGCCCCUCUCGAAAGCUUCCGAGAUCAUAAACGUCAAUGUUCUGGCCGUGACCGCCAUGACCCGGCUGGUGAUGCCCGGCAUGGUGGCGAGAGGGAAGGGGGCGUUGGUGAACAUCUCCUCAGGGUCGGAGUUGCAGCCACUGCCGCUGAUGGCUGUGUAUGCUGCUAGCAAGGUCUACGUCCGCAACUUUACGCUAGCAGUGCGCAGGGAAUACGCCCCCCUCGGUAUCUACGUGCAGCACGUAUCCCCACUCUUCGUGGCCACCAAGAUGAACGUCUUCUCUCAGCGGCUGCUAGAUGGGAACAGUCUCGUGCCGGACGCGCGCACGUUCGCACGUAGUGCUGUCAACACGCUCGGGAGAGUUAGCGAUACUACUGGCUAUUGGACGCAUGGCAUUCAGUACUUUUUCAUCAAAUGUGCGCCAGAAUGGUUAAGAAUUUACUUCGGGGAGCGAUUAAACAAGGAAUUCCGCCAAGAAUACUUAGAAAAUGCGAAAAUUAAGGCUCAAUAAGGAAGAAAAUAGAACAUUCUAAGUCAAAUAGUCAAUGGGUUUAGGUAUCGCAGUUAUUAGAUUUAAGGUGAUAAAAAUACGUGAAAACAAAUAAAAAGGCAGAAAUAGAAGCAUUUAAGGCUAAUUAAAGUGAAACUUUUAUUACAUCGUCUCAAACUUUUUGGUCUGUGUAGAUAAUUAUCGUACAAAUACGAUAAUUUUUAGUUAAAUGUCUAUAGUGUGAAAAAAAGUUUCACUUUUACCGUGGUUUCAUAAAACCACACAACAUUUUUUUUAAUGCCACACAACGGUAUCCAAAGCAAAGUCAACUGUUUCUUUUACAUGUUCAAAAGAAAUGAGAUACAUACUAAAUAAUUUGGACUAUUUGUCUAUGGAUUUUUUGGAUCCUUGUGAUUACGUAAUAUAGAAAAGGAUAAGGGCGGGAAAAUAUGAAAUUAUUCCAUUUCAAUAUUUUAAAAGCCUUGUAUAUAUAUAUAGUAAACUAGCUUUCCGCCCGCGGCUUCGCCCGCGUUUUCAAAGAAAAACCCGCAUAGUUCCCG